GUAACGGUGAUAAGUGAUAAGUUGAUAACUAAUCAUUUUUUUAAAAACUAAUAGAGGAUAGUUAGUUGACUGUUGAGUACAGUUACCGCUAGACUAGUUGUUUUUGAUACCAUUAUUGGUUUUCGAGAAAACAAACUGGUUCCACUUUCCAACUUGGCGCGACAACAGCUGUGCGCGUAUGUACAUAUCGCGGAAGUCUUGAGUUUUGCAGUAACUCCGCAAGAGACGCGUCCGGUGGGACCGAACUAGUCCUUCAGGUUUCUGAACCCAACUUUGGGUUCUCCUUAUUUCAAUAUGGCUGUUCGUAUGCAGUUCGAGAGCAGUAACGAAAUUGGAGUUUUUACCAAACUUACCAAUUCAUAUUGCAUGGUGGCGAUCGGAGGAGCUCAAAAUUUCUACAGCACUUUUGAAGCGGAUCUAGCGGACUCAAUUCCCGUUUUUCAGUCAUCGAUUGGCGGUAGUCGGAUAAUUGGUCGUUUGACUGCCGGGAAUCGGAACGGUCUCCUUGUACCUUACGCCACAACGGAUCAGGAGCUGCAGCAUAUUCGUAACAGUCUUCCGGAUGCCGUUGCCAUUCAGAGAGUGGAAGAGCGCCUGUCCGCUCUGGGAAAUGUGAUCGCUUGCAAUGACUAUGUGGCUUUAGUCCAUCCCGAUUUGGACAGAGAAACUGAGGAAAUUAUUGCUGACGUUUUAAAAGUGGAGGUUUUCCGGCAUGCGGUUGCAGAAAAUGUCCUUGUUGGAAGCUAUUGUGCGUUGAGCAAUCAAGGUGGAUUGGUGCAUUCCCGUACGAAAAUCGAAGAUCAGGACGAAUUAUCAUCAUUAUUACAAGUGCCUCUCGUUGCUGGCACGGUUAAUCGGGGAAGUGACGUUAUUGGAGGCGGAAUGGUGGUAAAUGACUGGAUAGCGUUUUGUGGAUUGGACACAACUAGCACGGAGAUUUCGGUUAUAGAAUCGGUGUUUAGGCUGACGGAAGGGCAUCACCCUUCCGCAAUCGCAACGCAGAUGAGAGAUUCCCUUAUAGAAACACUCUCGUAAAACAGUAUGAAUUUUUUUAGUUAGUUUGCCAGCCAAAGUUGACGGUUGGUUGCUAUCUGAUUUCAAAGUGGACACUUUGUUGCUUUUCUCGUUCGUUUAUUGGUUUUCCAUUUUUUAACAAAUGAUUGGUUUUAUAUAGCUUAAUAGCUGUAGAAACAUCUUGUUUUGCACUUCUGGAGAUAUAGUAUUUGCGUCUCAUGUUAAUAAAUUUUGCUGACUUGG